AUGUCAUCCCUGGCAUCAGCAAACCAGAGCUCUGGGGAGUCGGAGGAUUAUUCCUAUGGGAACUGGUACAUUGAUGAGCCCACCCCAAGAGGAGAAGCAUCUCAACCAGAUGAAACUAUUCCAGCCUGCCAGCACAGCUUCCCACCCAGCCUUUACCAUACCUGCUUGGCCCCAUUGUCGCUGGUUGCCAUUUUGUUGCUGUCCCUGCUAGUGAAACGCCGGAGACACUGCCUGGGAUGCUGUCAUGGGACCUUUGGACUUCCCAGUCCUUUGGAUUUCCUGGCAGAAGAAAGUGGCCGGCUGGUGCCUGUGGCUGUAUUUGGGAUCCUCUUCACUAAUCUCUGUGUGCUGGGUUUGGAGGAAGACCCUUUGCCUUUUCUUCCCAUCUCUUCCCCGGCUGGUCAAGGUUACUGGAAGACCUUGGCUUUGCUCUACUAUCCUGCCCUGUAUUACCCUCUAAUUGCAUGUGCCACAGUCAGACACCAAGCUGGAUACGUCCUGGGCUGCUUACUUUCCUGGGCCCACUGUGCAGUCCAAAUAUGGCAUAAAGUGGAGUGCCCUCAGACUCCCAAGAUCCACAAGUACUACUCUCUGCUGGCCUCCUUGCCCCUCAUCUCUGGCCUUGUACUCCUGAGUCUUUGGUACCCUACCCAGCUCCUAAAAAGCUUGAGUCGGAAGAUGGCAGUGGCUGGCCCAGAGGUGAUGAGGGAAAGCUACUAUGAAGACUAUCUUAGGCAUGUCCUCAGUGGGAAGAGGUCUAAAAGCAGCUCCUCAGUGGCCAGCCCAAGCUUUCCUUCCCGGAUCUUGUUCUAUUUCCUCUCCCACAUCUACUCUCCACAGCGAGGUUUCCGGCUUCCCCUGAAGCUCAUCCUUUCAGCUACCUUGGCAGCAAUCACAAUUUAUCAGGAAGUCCUGCUGCUCCUGGUGGCCUUUGUCCCCAACCUCCAAAAGGCAAGGGCAGGAAUCACAGAAGAAGUCACCUACAUGCUGGCUGGCUUUGGACUGGUCCUCUCAGAAGACAAGUUGGAAGUGAUAGCGCUGGUGAAGUACUACCUAUGGGCUUUGGAAGUGUGCUAUGUCUCCGCUCUGGUCCUGUCCUGCUUGCUCACUUUCCUCAUGCUGACAAGGUCACUGGUGACUCACAGAGCUAACCUGAGAGCUUGGCACUGUGGUGCCACUCUGGAUGGAGGCCCCCAGCCCCAGAGGUCAGGUGUGGAUGCUACAGCCAUCUUCUGCUGGAUGAGCUUUUCAGGCUACCAGACAGCCUUCGUCUGCCUCGGGCUCUUUCUCCAGCAGAUCAUCUUCUUCCUUGGGUUCGUGGUUUUCACCUUUUUGGUCAUCAUACCCAUUCUCUAUGGCAGGAACCUUCUACUCUUCUAUAUGUUGGAGAACACAUGGCCCUUCUGCCUCACACUUAUACUGGCUGUGAUCCUUCAGAACCUAACUGCUCACUGGGCCUUCCUACAGAACCACCAUGGCCAGCAAGAGCUGACUAACAGGAAAGCUCUAUAUGCGGUCACUUUCCUGCUCUUGCCCAUUAAUGUGUUGGUGGGUAUCAUGGUGGGUUUCUGCCGGAUGCUGAUCUCCAGCCUUUUUAACAUCAUCCACUUCUGCCAGCUGGACCUCAGCUUGCUUCCCCGUGGUGUGGAAACUUUGGACCCAGGCUAUCGCACGUACUACUAUUACUUAAAGAUGGAGGUCAGCCAGUCACAUCCGGCAAUGAGAGCCUUUUGUUUCCUGCUCCUGCAAUUACCUGGCUCCCAGGGACUGGCUGGAGCCCAAGCUGGUCUCAGACCCAGUGAUGUAGAAGAAGGGAUCCGUUUGCUGCAGACCAAGAACUCAGCCAGGAAUGCCACCAGAUCCAGACAAAGUCGGAUCCGCUGGGGAUUGGCUUAUACCCUUAUCCGAAAUCCAUCUCUCCUGACCUUCCGGAAAAAAAGCCUCUCUGGACCUCUGGCCAAUGGGAGCCAGCCCAGCUCUCCCAACCCAUGAUGGAUCUGCAGAGCCCAGAAGGGAAAAAAGAGAGAACUGCCUCCAUGUGUCUUUGACCAGGGAGGUCCCUGGUAGGAGCCUCACUGACAUUUCCCUUCCUUCCUCUCCCUCCCUCCUCCUGGAUUCUUCCCAAACUCAUUGCUUUGAAGAUCCUCUCUGUAGGAAUUCUGGAUGCCUCCUACCCAGAGAGACUGUACAGACAGCAGCUCCUGGAUGCUGAUGAUGCA